AGGGGGUAUUCAUCGUAGCUUGCUCUUCCACUCCCUCUCCCUAAAUGUCGUCCGCAGAACAUUUCUUGAACCCUUUGAGCCUGCUUUUGAGCCUUCACGCGUUUUUUUCCGGCAAUGACCUCAACUGCAGGUCACCCUGUGAACUUGGUCGCUUGUCUGUUGUGAUCUCUCUUAAUGGUCAAAGAUAUGAUUGAAGGAAGAUGAAACUUAACAAGUUCAAGAUGGCUGCUGUGGCAAACGAUGCGGCGACUAUGUUAGCUGAAGCCUUACAGAAAAUGGAUGGUCUUAUUUCUGACGACCAACUUAUUAUGGAAAGCCUGAAGACCCAACCUCACGCUUGCUCGCCAAAAGAGAAAGUUGUUUCCUUGUUGGAGGAACUCAAAGGACUACUCGAAGAGAUUAAGGAUGAUGCAGUCGAGUGCACGAUCGAGAUUUCUGGUUCAACAAUCGCCUUUCUUACUGACUGGUUACAUUCUCCAAAGGUGACAUCCAACAGAGAUCUGCAAAAAGACGAACAGCAAACGAUGACGAGCGCUGAGAAACAUCUGUUGCAAAUCAGCAGACUACAGGACGAAAAAGAAUCUUUGAUCUUGCAAGUAAGCGUACUAACAGAUCAAGUGGAAGCACAAGGUGAAAAAAUAAGAGAUCUUGAGUUUACUAAGGAGGAGCUGCAGAUAAAAUUAGAAGAGGCUGAACAAUUCCUCGAGAGUGAGAUAAUUAAAACCACAAAUUUAUUAAAUGAAAAGUUACAGCUUGUGACAGAAAUCUCAUCUUUAAAAAAGGCUCCUCAUAGUACACCACAGACAGAAUCUAUAGGAUGCAAGGAAGACCAAGAGGCUCUUCUAGCUGAAAAAGAAAUGGAAAUUGAAAUGUUGAAAGACCACAUUGAAGUCCUUCUUGAUGAGCAGGAAAUAGCUAGCAGAUCACAUCACAGUGAAGGUCAACCAGCCUCUGCACUUAAAUCUCAGCUCAGAGAAAAAGCUUCUGAGGUAAACCACCUAAAAAUGGAAGUUGAAACCUUAACAGUUGCCUGUAAGGAAAAGGAUGAAAAAUUUCAAGAACUUCAGCAAACUCUUGUGAAAUUCAAGAGAAUUGAAGAAAUGCUGAUGAAAGCAAAUCAAUCAAAGGAGUUGGAUAGUAGUCCAGUUGUUUCAUUGGAUGGUAUUGACAGCAGUAGCAUACAAAGUGCUGACAUGGUAACAACAACCAGCAGUACCAGCAGUCCAGAGCCAUAUGUUACCACUCCAAGACAGAGUCGAGCAUUGUUCACAGAAUCAUACACCCAAGCUGUAAACAAUCCAGUGACACCUAGCUUAAGAGCACUGAAGACAGAAACACCUCCAGCUAGUCCUGCAAAUAGGAAAAGGCAUGGAAUUAGGGCAUCAUUUGGCAAAGGACUGAUGAAGUUAAGAGGUCCUAAAAGCUCAAGUGAACCUAACUUAGCUGCAACAGAAUGUGAAGGAAACAAGUAUUCACAAGUUAAGGAAACCUCCAGAGAACAGGGAAACAUCAACUACCAGAAUCAUGAUGAAGAAAAGAAAACAAGCUUUAGUAAAUUUGGAAAAGCAAUUACUAAGCUACGAAGGACAAAAUCCCUGGGGAUGAACCCUGCUGACAGGCUGGCUGUUGUAGAGCCUGUUGAUCUGAAGAGUUACACAGGCUUCAGUCACAGUGAUUAUGGUGACCAAUUAGAGCUUCCAUUUAGUCAGUGGAGUAGACAAAUGGUGCUAAGUUGGCUUGAUGACCUUGGCCUAGGACACUAUUCAGUGCAAUGUGGAAGAGUGAUAACAUGUGGUCAGGACCUACUUAAAGCAUCACCAGCUCAGCUUGAGAAAGACAUGGGAUUGAAGAAUCCACUCCAUAGGAAGAAACUACAGUUAGCACUUCAGGCAUUAGUUUCAGAUGGAGCUGAUGUGAUGGGGAGGCUGAGUAACCACUGGGUGCUAGGUUGGCUAGAUGACAUUGGCUUGCCACAGUAUAAAGACUCCUUUAGUGAGGGUUCCGUUGAUGGCCAUAUGCUAAACUAUCUCACAUAUAGUGACUUGCUACACCUCAAAGUGCACAACACACUUCACCACAUCACUUUAAAGAGAGCGAUACAGUGCCUCAGGUUACACAAUUUCCAUCCAAACUGUCUCAAGAGGCAUCCUGUGGAUGAGUCAUGGUUUAAAGGUGCUGAUGUACUGUUAUGGACCAACAGUCGAGUCACAGAAUGGUUGCGCUUGGUCGAUUUAGCGGAGUAUGCACCCAAUCUCCGAGGAAGUGGUGUACAUGGAUCACUGAUGAUACUGGAGCCACGUUUUACUGCAGAGAGCUUGGCAGCAUUACUGUCCAUACCAAGCAGUAAAACACUUCUUCGGCGACACUUGGCUACUCAUUUCCAAUCCCUUGUUGGGACUGCAUGUCAUAAAGUGAAGGAAGAGGCAGCGGGUGACCCGUUGUUUCAGCCUCUCAUGCCAGGAAUUAAGCAUAAGAUUGUCCGAAGAACAUCGUCAUUUAGUGCACUACGAAAGCGUGGGAAGGGGGAUGUAGAACUGGAUGACUAUGUAUGUCCUAUGGACCUAGAGGUUCCUCCAGCUUUGACGACAUUUGUGGUACAGCGAAGUAGACGCUCAGCUGAGCGAAAUGAUGAGUCUGGCUUACAAUCAAGAAUAAAACGUGAUGAAGAUAGGGAAAUUCAGGGUGAUGACCAUGUAACAGGGACAAUAGGAGCUUUCUCUCAGGAGCUUGAUUCACUUACACAUAUGUUGAAAGAGGAAAGGCACAAUACAGAUGAUGGUGCUUAUGAAGUUUAACAGGGUGGUGUAUAAUAACUUAUCGUU